AUGAUGGAGAAAAAGUGUAUCCUGUAUUUUCUGUUUCUCUUGCCUUUUCUUAUGAUUCUUGUCAUAGCAGAAUCAGAAGAGAACCCUGGUGACUUAAUUCAGUUGGGUGUUACUAGAAAUAAAAUCAUGACGGCUCAAUAUGAAUGUUACCAAAAAAUUAUGCAAGACCCUGUUCAACAAACAGAAGGCAUUUAUUGCAACAGAACCUGGGAUGGAUGGCUGUGCUGGAAUGAUGUUGCUGCAGGAACAGAAUCAAUGCAGCACUGCCCAGAUUACUUUCAGGACUUUGAUCCUUCAGAAAAAGUUACAAAAAUCUGUGACCAAGAUGGAAACUGGUUUAGACAUCCAGCAAGCAACAGAACAUGGACAAAUUAUACCCAAUGUAAUGUUAACACACAUGAGAAAGUGAAGACUGCACUGAAUUUGUUUUAUCUGACUAUAAUUGGACAUGGAUUAUCUAUUGCAUCACUGCUUAUCUCACUUGGUAUAUUCUUUUAUUUCAAGAGCCUAAGUUGCCAAAGAAUUACCUUGCACAAAAAUUUGUUCUUCUCUUUCGUUUGUAACUCUAUUGUAAUAAUCAUUCAUCUCACUGCAGUGGCCAACAACCAGCCCUUAGUGGCCACAAAUCCUGUUAGCUGUAAAGUGUUCCAAUUCAUUCAUCUUUACCUGAUGGGCUGUAACUACUUUUGGAUGCUUUGUGAAGGCAUUUACCUACACACACUUAUUGUGGUGGCUGUGUUUGCGGAGAAGCAGCACUUGAUGUGGUAUUAUUUUCUUGGCUGGGGAUUUCCACUGAUUCCUGCUUGUAUACAUGCUGUUGCCAGAAGCUUGUAUUACAAUGACAACUGCUGGAUCAGUUCUGAUACCCAUCUCCUCUACAUUAUCCAUGGCCCAAUUUGUGCUGCUUUAUUGGUGAAUCUUUUUUUCCUAUUAAAUAUUGUACGUGUUCUUAUCACCAAGUUAAAAGUUACUCACCAAGCAGAAUCCAAUCUCUACAUGAAAGCUGUGAGAGCUACGCUUAUCCUGGUGCCAUUACUUGGCAUUGAAUUUGUACUGUUUCCAUGGCGACCUGAAGGAAGGAUUGCAGAGGAGGUGUAUGAUUACAUCAUGCACAUCCUCAUGCACUAUCAGGGUCUUUUGGUAUCUACAAUUUUCUGCUUCUUUAAUGGAGAGGUUCAAGCAAUUCUGAGAAGAAACUGGAAUCAAUAUAAAAUCCAAUUUGGAAACAGCUUUUCCCACUCAGAUGCUCUCCGUAGUGCAUCUUACACAGUGUCAACAAUCAGUGAUGGUGCAGGUUACAGUCAUGACUGUCCAACUGAACACUUAAAUGGAAAAAGCAUCCACGAUAUUGAAAACGUUGUCAUAAAACCGGAAAAGUUAUACGACUGA